CUUCCCUUCUUCACUUCGGCUCAGGCGUCGUCCCCGAGGUCUUCCAAAAAAACAAAAAGGAAAUCACAAACCCUAGUCCCCAAAUCGCCCACACGCGUGCAGGAAGCUCUUGCGCUUGCGGGCUCUCCGACGGGAAGAGACAUGAGUCGCCACCCGAUCACGAAGUGGGCGCAGAGGUCCGACAAGGUGUUCUUGACGAUCGAGCUGCCCGACGCCAGGGACGUGAAGCUCAACCUGAAGCCCGAUGGCCACUUCAUCUUCUCCGCGAAGGGCCCCGCCGAUGACACCCCCUACGAGCUUGAUCUUGAGCUCUUUGAUGCUGUGAAUGUUGAGGAGAGCAAGGCAGCCGUUGCCCCAAGAACCAUAUGCUACCUUGUCAAGAAAGCGGAGAGCAAGUGGUGGCCUAGGCUGCUGAAGAAGGAGGGCAAGCCACCUGUGUUCUUGAAGGUUGAUUGGGACAAAUGGCAAGACGAGGAUGACGAAGACAUCGGGCUCGGCGACUUUGGUGACAUGGACUUUUCGAAGCUGGGCAUGGGUGGUCCUGAUGAUGAUCUUGAUGAUGACGAUGACGAUGAAGACACGGCUGAUAGUGCUAACAAAGAUGAGGACAUCAAGGCAGAGGGGAGCGGGGAACAGGAAGCCGCUGGUGAAGCGAAGCCGUGAAAAAAGCCGUGUGUGAGUUAGAACGCUAUGCGUGACUUGUGUUGUGCCGCUGCCAGGUCUCAGAUUUUUGGUGUAAACUCUGGGGUGUGGAUCACUGCCACUGAAGUAAAGCAGUAGUUAUGGUUUAGUAGUUCCAUUUUGUUAAAAACUUGCGGGGAAUCUAUAAUACAUGCUGUCCUGUUUUGUGAGAUC